AGUUCACUUGAGAGCGAUGAGAUGUUGAAGUUCCUCUGCAUGCAGAUGACGGCGCAGAUCAGUGUCCGUGUUGUGAUUGGACAGAUCGGUGUCCCUCCUGUGGUUGGUGGCUUCCUGUCCAGCAGGAAGUUGUGAACAGAGUUUAAAAGCUGCUGCAAGACUGCAGACGUUCACAGGAAGCUGGACCAGCAAUGGCUCUGCUGAAGGUUCUGCUGCUGCUGGUGUGGCUGGGUGUUUCAGUGAACUCAGUUGUGUCUCUGCAGAAGAGAAUAAUUGGAGGUCAUGACUGCGAUGACAAGGAGCGUCUUUAUCAUGUUCGACUGGAGAGCAGCAGCGGGCAGAGAAGGCCCCGCUGUGGAGCAUCUCUGAUCCACCCUGAGUGGAUCUUGACUGCAGCUCACUGCUUUAUGUCGGAGACAGGGUGGUAUAACGUAGCAAUGUUAAAAGUUCAUCCACGGACUGCUACACAUCAGAAUCAGGUAAUCCGAGAGCCUCCUGUGACCUAUACUACUGGUAAGGACCACGACAUCAUGUUGCUGAAGCUUCGGAGGCGAGUAACAGAUGUCCCACCCGUUCGGCUUCCAAAUUGCGACAAUCGUCUUAAAAUAGGCGACACAGUUCAGCUGGCAGGAGAGGGAGGAACGAUGACCGGCCCCAAUAACGAGCGAAUAAGAAGACCUAAUGUUUCACCACGUCUUCAGUGUGUCGACAUGCAAGUUAUUGCUGUUUCCUGCAUCGAGCCGAGAAGUGGGCAUGUGUUUGAUACUGAAGCAGCAAGCAAGGAUGCAUGUCUUGGUGACUCUGGUUCAGGAGUGAUCUUCAACGACAUGAUUUAUGGCGUCAUUUCUCAAGGUGGACUAGACUAUGCGUGUCAGACUCCAGUUGCUGUCAUGGAUGUCUGUGAAUACAUGGAUUGGAUAAAACAAACAACUGGGCUUAAAUAAAACCAAAACUAUCAUGAAAUUAAAUUCUCAUCAAAUUUCCUCUCAGAUAUAAUUUUAUAGCCGUGUCUUCAUCAGUUUGUCUCACAGGUUUGUAGAAUUAGGAUGAAUUAAUAGUUUAGUUUUUUUCUCACUUGACCUUGACCUCCCUAAUGGAGCUUUCUCUUUCUCAGAAAUGAAAAAUAAAUCAACAAAUGAAUGUAAAAGAAACAUUUUUUUGUCUUUAUUUUACAGCAGAAAUGAAUAAAAACGUAGGUCUGAGGUUGACGUUAGAAAAACUGUUUCUAUUUAUAUUUUCAUAAUUGUCCUCGCAAAAGCGGGGAAAAAACCCGCCUCGCCCCUAAACACAGAAAUGUUUCAGCUGCACAGAAAACUUCUGACUUUAACCUCAUCGUUCUGCUAAAGGCCCGGUUCGCUACAGGCAGUCUGAGUCGGUCCACCGACAGAUAGAAAGAAUAUAUGUCUUUAAAUCAGACUUCCUGAUAUAAGACAUGGUACUAAGAUGUCACCGCGACGCAUCUCAAAGCCCCGGUACCAGGUGGAACCACCUGGUACCACCUGCAGACUGUUGGCUCUGCAUCUCCUUAAUGUUUCUAACAGGCGGGUUAAAGCCGCUGCUGAUGGGAUAUUGCUCCAGUUUUGUUCAACCCUGUAAAAACCUGUAACACAUAACAAACACACCAGCUAGCUAGCACUAGCCAACCUGGCGUUGUUACGGUAAUGUUAUACAACGCAAAGCACAAACACCCUAGAUGCCGGCAGA